GGCCCACGGCGUCUGUUUCCGUGCAACUGCCACCGAGACACUUCGGGAUCGGGUGGACUCCUUUCGACGGCUUCCUCGACAGACGGAUUAGAAAUUCUCAUUUGUCCUCCUCGAUCAAGAGGUGGAGAUAGAUUUGAAGUCAUUCAGUGGUCGCGUUCAGGAAGCUCCCGUCCCAUCCGAAGUUCGUAAAGUUCGUCCGAAGAGACCGCUAAUCCCAUUUAUUCGCGCUGGAGUUCUCGGCCUUUGGACUGUACAACUACACCCACAACCCCCGUCCCCUCCGACUACCCCUGUUCAACAUGAAGACUCCCGAGUCCAACAACAUGGGCGUGCACGCCGCCAAGAAGAACCGCGAGAUGUUCGCCAUCAAGAAGUCCUACAGCAUCGAGAACGGCUACCCCUCCAGGCGCCGCUCCCUGGUGGACGACGCGCGCUUCGAGUCGCUGGUCGUCCGCCAGACCAAGCAGAGCGUGCUCGAGGAGGCUCGCCAACGCUGCAACGACUGCAGUGGCGCCGACACCCCGUGCGACUAUUGCUACUCACUCACCACACAAAUCGGCUCCGACGGCGAGGAGGUCGAAGACUGCUCCCGCUCCAUCGAGAGCCUUCACGACGGCGACGCCGACACCGACGCCCAGCAGCAGACGGAGCUCUCAGACAGUGACGACGAGCCCGCACCCCUCAGCGAUGACGAUGAGAACGACGCCGGCCUGACCGAGGAGGAGGUGUUCCUGGCCAACGCCGCCGCCGAGAACAAGGAGGCCGAGACGGCGGUGCAGAGGGCCGGCCUGGUGCUGCGUCUGCGUGAGAGCGGCGGCUCUCUGUCGCGCAUCCUCAAGACCGUGGAGAACCUGAAGGGAACGGUCGUGCAGCUCGAGUCGCGGCCUUCCAAGACGCCCGGCUGCCAGCUGGACAUCCUGGUCACGCUGGACAUGGCCCGCUCCUCGCUGCUGCAGCUGCUGCGCUCGCUCCGCCAGUCCGGCGCUCUCGCCGGCGUCACCCUCCUCAGCGAGAACAAGGUGGACGCCAAGGAGGCGUGGUUCCCGCGACACGCGCGCGACCUGGACAACUGCAACCACCUGAUGACCAAGUACGAGCCCGAGCUGGACAUGAACCACCCCGGCUUCGCCGACAAGGCGUACCGCGAGCGCCGCAAGCAGAUCGCCAACAUCGCCUUCAGCUACAAGUACGGCGACCCCAUCCCGCACAUCGACUACAACGACGACGAGAUCUCCACCUGGACCUCCGUGUUCAAGACCGUCGUGGACCUGCUGCCCAAGCACGCGUGCGCCGAGUACAACCGCGUGUUCCAGCUUCUGCAGGACGAGGGCAUCUUCCGCGAGGGCGCCAUUCCCCAGCUCAAGGACAUGUCCGACUUCCUGCAGCGCCACACCGGCUUCACGCUGCGGCCCGCCGCCGGCCUGCUGACCGCCCGCGACUUCCUCGCGUCGCUCGCCUUCCGCGUCUUCCAGAGCACGCAGUACGUGCGCCACCCCACGUCGCCCUUCCACACGCCCGAGCCGGACUGCAUCCACGAGCUGCUCGGACACAUGCCUCUGCUGGCCGACCCCAGCUUCGCCCAGUUCUCCCAGGAGAUCGGCCUGGCCUCGCUGGGCGCCUCCGACGCCGAGAUCGAGAAGCUGUCCACAGUGUACUGGUUCACGGUGGAGUUCGGGCUCUGCAAGGAGGGUGGCGUGGUCAAGGCCUACGGCGCCGGGCUGCUGUCCGCGUACGGCGAGCUCCUGCACGCCGUGUCGGACAAGCCCGAGCGCCGGCCCUUCGAGCCCGCCAGCACCGCGCUGCAGCCCUACCAGGACCAGGAGUACCAGCCCAUCUACUACGUGGCGGAGAGCUUCGAGGACGCCAAGGAGAAGUUCCGCAAGUGGGUGGCCGGCAUGAGCCGACCGUACGAGGUGCGCUUCAACCCACACACGCAGUGCGUCGAGGUCCUGGACAGCGUCGCGGGCCUGGAGAACCUCAUGUCCCAGCUGCACCUCGAGAUGAUGCACCUGCAGAACGCCGUCAACAAGAUCAAGGCCGGCUUCUAGGCGCGCGGCCGGGGCCCUCUCAGUUACCACCAAAACCACCAUCACCAACCAACCCCUUCAUCUCACUCAUUGUUUUAUUUAUCGCUUUGUAUUAUUUUAUUCUAAUUAUUAGGUUUCGUGUCUCUAACGAGUCCUUCUGGCUCUGGGCGGCCGCCGGGCAGGCCGGUGUCGGGGUCCCCGAUGCCGUGCUCUGCAUUGCACUCGCCCGGAGGCCGCCAAGGCCACCAAGGCUGCGAAGCUCAGCGAAGCUCUGCGAAGCUGCUAGAAAGGCCCACUAGCUUCUGCCGGCUCUGCUAUCGAAUGCACUGUAGUACCCAGUAGUGCCUCCCUCCCCUCCCAAGAAUGUGUUCUGCGCAGCGGUUGACAAUGACAGGGGUGUAACCACCCCCUCCUAUUUAAAUUACAGAUUCUUCGUAAAUCUCUUGACAGUAUUAAACAAAAUUGUGUACAUAGAAUGCGGUAUGUACAUACCCUAGAGCUAGAAGCCUUGUUUUUGUGUGUAUGUUUUUUUUUAUUUUUUGUUGUGACCAGAGGGGAGGUAGUUCCAUCGCCUCUCUGGUCACAUCCAUCGAUUCCUAUUAGAGAGUAAUGCGUUUGACUGUAAAUUGUGUUUUAAGUUAAGCUCUUUGUGAUUUGCGUGCGUGUGUGCGCGUGAGCGUGUGUGUGUGCGAGGAUGCGUGCGUGUGUGUGUGAGUGUGUGUGCGGUUUGGCGCAAAAGUGACCUGUGCGAGCCCAACAGGAGUGAUGUAUUUCGUAGUAAAUUAAUUUAUCAUUUCUUCCUAUUGUAAAAAGUUUCGCGGUGUGUCGCCCAUCGAGAUUGUAAAACUAGUUUUGGUGUGUUCCCCGAUUGUGACAUAUUAUAUUAAGUGAGUGUGUCCAUAGUCCUUUACAGUGUCUGCCUCGGAGUGCCGGUGUCACUCUGUCUGUCUCUGCACGUCUACACCCUCUGUAUCGUCUCUCUCUACAACAUUGUGAUAAGACAUUGUAACGUGGAUGUACCAGUCCAGCAAAAAAAGAAUAAAUGGGCACGAUCUAUGAGAAAAA